AUGAGAUAUCAGCGUCUCACCACUCUCGGCGUUGCCGCUCUGGGCGCGGCCGCAUCGGUUUCUGCAAGCCCUCUCUUCCAGCGCGCUCAAGCUCAGUGUCCUCCUGGAUACACCAUGAGCGUCUACUACAUCACAGUGACUGCUGAAGCCACUUCGUCCGCGACUCCCUUGGUGAAGCCCACGACGACUAUCUCCUCGUCUUCGACCACCACCUUGACGGCCACUGUGACCUCACAGGCUCCAUCCCAGUCCACCUCGCCCGUGGUUGUCGACAGCACUUCUGCUGCUGCCACUGUGCCUACUGUCGCCGAGACCACCCCUGUAGAGACGCACGAGGCUGUUGUGGUUCCCGCUGCUUCCUCUUCCUCGUCGUCAACGACAUCCACUCUACCCACUUCUUCCUCUACCCAGGAACAAGUCAUUGUUCCUACAGCCAAUGCCGUCGUUGCCGUCUCCUCAGCUACCAAAGCUGAGCCUACGACAUCCGCUCUGCCCACUUCUUCCUCUACCGAGGAACAAGUCAUUGUUUCUACAGCCAAUGCCGUCGUUGCCGUCUCCUCAGCUACCAAAGCUGAGCCUACGACAGCCGCUCCUAGCACCACCACCGCUGCCGCAUCCUCCAGCAGCAGCUCCUCAUCAGGCUCCUCCAACUCCGGCAAAGCCACCUUCUACGGCGGCAACGUCUCCGGAGGAACCUGCUCGUUCGCCGGCUACACGCUUCCCUCCGGCCUCUUCGGAACCGCCCUCUCAGCCGCCCGCUGGGACGACGCCGCCCAAUGCGGCGCCUGUGUCUCCGUGACAGGACCCAACGGCAACUCCAUCAAAGCCAUGAUCGUCGACCAAUGCCCCGAAUGCGAAUCCAACCACCUCGACCUCUUCCAGAACGCCUUCGCCGAGCUAGCCGACAUCUCCAAGGGCGUUAUCGACAUCACCUGGUCCUACGUCUCCUGUGACAUCGACUCGCCCCUCGUCCUCAAGAACAAGGAGGGGACCUCCGCCUACUGGUUCUCCAUGCAGGUCGUCAACGCCAACGAGCCCGUCGAGAAGCUCGAGGUCAGCACCGACGGCGGGAGCACCUGGCAGGCGACCACGAGAACCUACUACAACUUCUUCGAGAAUAGCAGUGGGUUUGGAACGGAUACCGUUGACGUGAGGGUGACCGGCCAGUCCGGCGCUACCCUUACGGUGAAGAAUGUCGGGUGCAGCUCUGGGUCGUCUGUUACCGCUUCGUCGAAUCUGUAG